CGUUCGCGUUCCGCGCAUACCCAAUUUUUCCCAGACAUGCCGCCUAUUAUAACCAAUACCAUUGUUUAUUAAACAAUGCCAAUACCAAAUAGUUAUUGAAGUACAUUCAGACAGUUUAUUUGUUAAAACUUUUCCUUUACACAAACAAUGUUCACAUACUACAAGUCUCGCUACAAGUGGAGCUCUUUGAUGUGAUGUAAAAUGUCACGUGGCGGGGUGUACGUGUAGUGUAACUAUUCAACAAAUUUUCAGAAGUUGUCUGGUUGCCCUGGGAUCUCUCUCUCUUUCUCUCUCUGUAUUGUUUAAUACCAGAAUAGGUAUGGAUGGAGAUAAUGAUAUGCUACUCAUUAAAAUCGAACCAAAACAAGAAGAAGAAAUCCAUUCCUUUCUGCAUGGACACAGUUCUGUAAGUAACGAAGUUUUGGUGACAAUAAAGGACGAAGUUACCAUUAGUACACCAUGUUCUACAUCUCUUUCUAAUGAAGAAGUACAGCAACAUUCUGACUUUAAACCUUUAAGUCGGUAUAAAACAGUGCCUAAAAAUUUUAGAUGUGCCGAUUGUGAUCACGGGACAAAUAAUAAAUGCCUCUUCAAACAUCAUCAUUUAAAUCAUAAAGUUUCUAAAGAUUUUAAAUGUGCUACUUGCGAUUAUGAGACAAAUAAUAAACAGCUGCUCAAACGACAUCUUUUAAAACAUAGAGUAUUUAAGGAUUUUAAAUGCGAUUCUUGUAAUUAUGGGACAAAUAAUAAAUACAACUUCAAACAACAUCUUUUAAAACAUAAAGUUUCUAAGGAUUUUAAAUGUACCUAUUGUGAUUAUGGCACAAAUUAUAAACAGGACUUUAAAAUGCACCUUUUAAAACAUACUGGCUGUAAGGAUUUUAAAUGUACUAAUUGUGAUUAUGAGACAUGUACUAAAAAGAACUUGAACAGGCACCUUUUAAAACAUAAAGUUUCUGCAGAUUUUAAAUGUGAUACUUGUGAUUAUGAGACGUGUAGUACAAGCAACUUCAAGCGACACCUUUUGACACAUAAAGUUUCUACGGAUUUUAAAUGUGAUACUGGUAAUUAUGCUACAAAUGAUAAAAACGACUUCCAACAACAUCUUUUAAAACAUAAAGUUUCUAACUCGGUUUCUGACGAUUUUGAAUAUGCUAAUGUGAGUUUUGUACGUGAAACCUAUCCACGAACCUAUCUUAAACAGCACCGUUUAAAACAUAAAAGAAUCUAACGUUUUUUAAAUGUGCUAAUUGUGAUUAUUAAGUUAAAUCUGUAGUUAAAUAAUAGAUUAAACUUUAACCAACACCUCGCCGUAUAAGUACAUUAUCUUCAAAUCACAGGUGCUCCUGAGCUUAUCUCAUUGAACCAAACAGAUUUAAAGACUAAACUAUGUGACAAAAACGGUGGACUUGUUUUUAGCAUCUUCCUUUAGUGUCUCGUUUAGUGUUUGGUAUAGCACCUGCAAUUUGACAGCGGCAAAUGGAAAAACUAGGUUUAGUCAAUUACUAUGGUAGAUUUUGUCUUGCUAAGUACUCUGUACACACUUUGUAAUAAAACAUAAUAAUAAUAAUAAUAAUGGCUUUAUUUAGGCGGGGUGGUUGUGGUUAUAUGAUUGUUUUUUUAUUCGAUAAAAAUACAUACAUACAUACAUAGCAAGAAAACCAGGAUCUUCCUAAAAGUGUACCUAUACCUACAUUCAUUAUCAAUGAUAAUUAAUGGUAAUCCACAUACAUUGUUACCGGUAAAUGAUUACGGUUGUUUAUUAAUAUAAUAGUGUGUAAUAAUAAUCCUUUAUUUGCUCACCAGAAAAACAUAACUUUUCCAAUUUUAGAGCAAAAACAACAUUUUACAACCUGCCAGAGUACAAUAGAGUUAAAAAUAAAUCAAAAAUAUAUCUAGUAAUAUUGAUAACAGUACUUAAACUACCGAAACCAAUAACAAAAAAAAUAAAACAAACGAACAAAAAAAAGAAAAAUGAUCUAUCGGCCCUCUUUAAUAAUUAUGUACAUUGAACCAAUACCCUGUUUUGCUCCGCUAACUGUAGGAUACGAGAUUAAUAAGCACGUCAGGGCUACGCACAAAAACCAUUCAAUCUUCAAUGAAUUUGAUUCAGUGCCGUUCCGUAGAACGUCCCGGCCUGGUCAUGCAAUCAUAAUACCCGGCCCAAAAAAUUGAAAAUACUCAUACUCAUAUUUACAAAAAACUCAAGUUCUUUCCGCAUUCGUAACUAAAGUGUCACGCCGUCACGGCCACCGACCCGGGCCCGUAGAUCGUAGAAAGAAAACUGAGGUUGAGUUAGCAUUAAUUAGCGUUUAGAAAGCAGGUAGAGUGGGUAAAGCUAAAGAUAGGAUGGCUUGCAGCCUU